AACUGCGCACGCGCAAACUGUAGGCCUACGCCUUCAGUGGCUGGUUGCGCACACCGCUCCUACGGUCUGAAGAUCGGUUCCAGCCAAUGAAAGUUUUUGGUCGUUUUUAAGUACUACACAAAUAAUGACACCUGAAAAAGAGCAAGAAACGACUUAAUAAAAAUGUUAAUUGUGGCCGUGAGUUCACGGCAUUCGAUGCUCUAUUUUUUGCACUUCUAAAGCCGAAAAACAAUGCUUUCUAAAACGUGACUUAUUAAGGGCGGGUUGUGCCAGCGGCGGUGCAUUGAAGAAGCCUGAAAGUGACAAAACCCUCACUAGCUUCUUCCGCCCAACCAGCAGAGUCUAUCUAGGUCUCCGGUACCUUUGCCGCAACUUUGAGCGGGCUCUCAAGCCUUGGGGGCCUUCAUCGCGGGAAUUCGCGGGAUUAGGUGCGGGAGGAGGAGCCGAAGUGUGGUGGCUGACAAAUGACAGCUCUCAGGUAGUUCCGGGCUUAGUCUCGGGUUUAAUGCGCCACUCGGACCGCGGUGUGUGUGCGCGCACGUGGCUCCGCCCCUUUGUUCAGGGCCGUGUUCCCCAUGCUAUCUGCACGCCUGGCUGGUAGACUGCUUUGCCCCUUGGUGCGGGGAUCGGCUCCCACGGUAGGGAGCCAUGGCCUCUGGGAGCUGCUCCUCAAGAGCAGAUGCGCGGCCGCCCCCUCCCAGCACCUGUCGGGCCUGGGACGUGGGCUUCCUGGUGGCCCGACGGCGACUGGAGGUUACGAAGGAAGGGAUGACAUGCAGGAGCGUUUUCUGUUCCCCGAGUACGUCCCGGAGCCGGAGCCCGCACCGGCCGUGGAAGAGCAGCUACGGGAGCUGAAGCAGCGGCAGGAGGAGGAGGAGCGGCAGAAGCAACAGCGGCUGGAGGAGCGGCGGCAGCAAAAGCUACGGGCCAGUCGCCGGGUGCACCCGGUCGUGGGGCACCCGGACCCGACGGUGCCUCCCAGCGGCCUGAACUGCUCGGGGUGCGGGGCACAACUGCAUUGCCAGGACCCUGCCGUGCCCGGCUACCUGCCCAGUGAGAAGUUUCUUAGCGCGGCAGCGCAGGCCGACGGCGGGCUGGCGCGGACCGUGUGCCAGCGCUGCUGGCUGCUGGUGCAUCACCAGCGCGCCCUGCGCCUGCAGGUGAGCCGCGAGCAGUACCUGGAGUUGGUGAGCGCCGCUCUGCGGCGGCCGGGACCCGCCCUCGUGCUCUACAUGGUGGACCUACUCGAUCUGCCCGACGCCCUGCUGCCCGACUUGCCGGCGCUGGUAGGCCCCAAGCAGCUGAUCGUGCUGGGGAAUAAGGUGGAUCUGCUUCCCCAGGACGCUCCCGGCUACCUACAGCGGCUCCGGGAGCGGCUGUGGGACGACUGUGCCCGCGCCGGGCUCCUGCGGCUCCCUGGCCACCGAGGGCCACAGCACCCCGGCGGGGAAGGGCCACCGGACGGGAAGGAGAAUUCGAAUGCUUCCACCAGCUCCCGCACGGUGCUCAGGGACGUGCGGCUUAUCAGCGCCAAGACUGGCUAUGGAGUGGAAGAAUUGAUCUCUGCACUUCAGCGCUCCUGGCGCUACCGCGGCGACGUCUACCUGGUUGGUGCCACCAACGCUGGCAAGUCCACUCUCUUCAACACGCUCCUGGAGUCGGAUUACUGCAUCGCCAAGGGCGCUGAGGCUAUCGACCGAGCUACCAUCUCCCCUUGGCCUGGUACAACAUUAAACCUUCUGAAGUUUCCUAUUUGCAACCCAACUCCUUACAGAAUGUUUGCAAGGCAAAAAAGGCUUAAAAAAGAUGCAAAUGAAGUUGAAGAAAAUCUUAGUCCGCUAGAACAAAAUCAACUUAAUCUCUUGAAAAAGCAUGGUUAUGUAGUAGGAAGAGUUGGAAGAACAUUCUUAUAUUCAGAAGAACAGAAGGAUGAAACUGCCUUUGAUUUUGAUGCUGAUUCACUUGCCUUUGACAUGGAAAAUGAACCUGUGAGGGUUGCAGAUAAAUCCACCAAACGAGUAGAACUGACCCCACAAGAUGUGAAAGACGCCCACUGGUUUCAUGACACCCCUGGAAUUACAAAAGAAAAUUGUAUUUUAAAUCUUCUAACAGAAAAAGAAGUCAAUAUUGUUUUGCCAAGACAUUCCAUUGUUCCAAGAACGUUUGUGCUAAAACCUGGAAUGGUUCUAUUUUUGGGUGCCAUUGGCCGCAUAGAUUUUCUGCAGGGAAAUCAGUCAGCUUGGUUUACAGUUGUGGCUUCCAACUUCCUUCCUGUGCACAUUACUUCCUUGGACAAGGCGGAUGCUAUGUAUAAGAAGCAUGCAGGUCAUACAUUACUCAAGGUUCCAAUGGGUGGAGAAGAACGAAUGGCAGGAUUUCCUCCUCUUGUUGCUGAAGACAUUAUAUUAAAAGGACUUGGGGAAACUGAAGCAGUGGCUGACAUCAAAUUUUCUUCUGCAGGCUGGGUUGCAGUGACGCCUCAGUUUAAGGACAGACUACAUCUCCGAGGCCAUACACCUCAAGGAACAGUGCUGACGGUCCGGCCCCCUCUCUUGCCACAUAUCAUUAACAUCAAAGGAGAGCGUAUCAAGAGAAGUGUGGCUUAUAAAACCAAGAAGCUUCCUUCCCUUGUGUACAACCUGCAGAAAAAGAAAAAACAGAUAAAUACAUGAAGCUGACCUUACCAGUGCUGAAUAUGAACUCUAUUGAACCUAACUACAUACAUUGAAUUGUAUUAAAUGUAGCUAUAAUAAAGCUCCCCAGUUCCCACUCAUUUUUUAAACUCAGGAAUGUGCCUAUUUGUAAUAUAUUGAGUUUGCAACUACAUGUUAGAUUUUUGUAGGGAGUAUUAUAUGUACAUAUCUGUGACCCAAAUAUACCUAAAAAGGAGUUCUGGUACAUUAAAGUUUCUCUCACUGUU